AUGGAAGAGAAAAGAAUAACUCAUUACCUUAGCUCUCAUAAGAUUCUUCUAGUGGGAGAGGGAGAUUUCUCUUUUUCACUCUGUUUGGCUAAUGCAUUUGGCACAGCUGGGAACAUGAUUGCUACUUCUCUGGAUUCUAGAGUGUCUUUAGGGAUCAAGUAUGCAAGGGCAUUAAGUAACUUGACUGAACUUGAGGCUCUUGGGUGCACCAUUGUGCACGAAGUUGAUGUCCAUACAAUGACCCAACAUCCACUUCUCAAAAACCAAGUUUUUGAUCGAGUAAUUUAUAAUUUCCCCCAUGCUGGCUUCAUUGGUCGUGAAAUUGAUGAUUACCAGAUUAGGCUUCACAAGAAAUUAGUGAGUGGAUUUCUGAGCAAUGCUAAGUAUCUGCUUUCUUCAUGUGGACAAAUUCAUAUUACCCACAAGACAUCGCAUCCUUUCAGUAACUGGAACAUCAAGGAGUUGGCAAUAAAUGGGGAUUUAGUGUUAGUUGGAGAAGUUGAGUUUUAUCAACAUCUUUACCCAGGUUACAAUAACAAGUGA